UAUAUGGAUAGAUAGAAAUAACACAGGAGAGGAGAGGAUAGAUAGAGAUAUGGCAAAGAAGAACCUGUGUUUUGUUGGAUCAUUUGUUGUUGUUGUGGUGCUCAGCCUAGUCUUUUGCGCAGAAACAUUGAGCAGACAUGCGUUUCCAUUCCCUCCUGACUUUGUUUUCCGUUCAGGAACCACUACUGCUUAUCAGUCAGAGGGAGCUGCAUUCCAAGACGGAAGGACUGCUAGCAUUUGGGACACUUUUGCUCAUGCUGGGAAAGCGCAAGGAGCCACUGGGGACGUAGCAUGUGAUGGAUACCACAAAUACAAGGAAGAUGUCCAACUCAUGGUGGAAACAGGGUUGGAGGCUUAUAGGUUCUCCAUAUCUUGGUCAAGACUUAUCCCUAAUGGAAGAGGACCUGUCAACCCAAAGGGUUUAGAAUACUACAACAAUCUCAUCAAUGAACUUGUCAAACAUGGAAUCCAACCACAUGCUACAUUAACGCACGUUGACCUACCUCAGGUUCUUCAAGAUGAAUAUGGAGGAUGGCUUAGUCGGAAAAUGGUGUAUGGUUCUCAACUUCCAUUAGCCCUUGCCUCAUUCAGUUGUCGCCAGGGAUGGACCUGGGGGGCUGCAGGGGGCAACCGCCCCCCCAAAAGUUUUGAAAACCCCCUACUAUAGUAGUAUUAUAUGCUCCCUAAUUUUUUUUUUUAAAGGAAAAUUUAAUACUGCCUUUGAGAUUUUCUUUUGAGAAAUUUUAGUAGUAUUCUAGGCCUAAAUGUCCAAGUUUUUUUUUAUUGCACAUACAUUCACCCCUGAAGUUAGAAUAAUGUGCCUUUCUUUGGUUCUUGCGCUUCUGGGACGUGCCCUCAUUGAAGUAGAAAUUGUAAGAUGUAAUUGUAACAAAAUUACCA